AUGCAGGCGCUGCUGGGGAUCUCGGACCCAGGCCGAGAGGCCUUGCUGCAGGAGUUCGGCGGGGAGUGCGACAAGAUUGCGCGAACGAGGGCCCUGCUCGCAGUCGCUCAGCAGGGCUUGGGUGUCGAGGGCGCCUGCCACGCCGGGGAGCACCUGUCGACAGCAAAAGAGCGCCUCGGGAGGUGCGCGAAGUCCUGCGACUCGGUGGAGGGGGUGCUCUCGGACUGGGGGCUUCGCGAGAGGCUGCGCCAGGCCAAGGAGAGGUGGGAGCCGCUCGUGCAGGAGAACUUCCAAAGAGAGGCUCGGACGGAUGUUGCUCCCGACACCCCGCCGACGGCGGCUGCGGCGGAUGCCUCUCCCGACGCCCCGCCGACAACGGCGGGGGUGGAGGCUGCCACCGACACCAACCCGACGGCGGUUGCGGAAGAGGCUGCUCCCGACGGUUUGCCGACAACGGCUGCUGCGGAGGUUGCUCCCGACGCCCCGCUGACGGCGGCUGGGGCGGAGGCUGCUCCCGACGUUUUGCCGACAACGGCUGCGGCGGAUGCUGCUCCAGACACCCCGCCGACGGCGGUUGGGGCGGAGGCAGCUUUCGACACGCCGCCUACUGCGGCUGCGGCGGAUGUUUCUCCGGACGCCCCGCUGACAACGGCUAGGUUGAAGGCUGCCAUCGGUGCCCCGCCGACGGCGGGUGCGGCGGAGGCUGCUCCCGACGGUUUACCGACAACUGCUUGGGCGGAGUCUGCUCCCGACGCCCCGCCGACGGCGGCUGCGGUGGAUGCUGCUCACGACACGCCGUCGAUGGCCGCUGCAGCGGGGGCUGCUCCCGACACCGCGCUGACGGCGGCUGGGGCGGAGGCAGCUUUCGACACCCCGCCAACGGCGGCUGCGACGGAUGCCUCCCACGACGCCCCGCCGACAACGGCUGGGUUGAGGGCUACCACCGACACCCCGCCGACGGCGGCUGUGGCGGAGGCUGGUUCCGACGGUUUGCCGACAUUUGCUGGGGUGGAGGCUGCUCCCGACGCCCCGCCGACGGCAGCUGCGGCGGAUGCUGCUCCGGACACCCCGCCGACGGCGGUUGGGGCGGGGGCCGCUCCUGACAGUUUGCCGACGGAUAUUGUUCCUGACCUUCCGCCGACGGCGGUUGGGACGGGGGCUGCAACCGAUGCCACGCCGACGGCACAGCGAACUCCCGUGAGUCACCCGCUCGCGGCCCGAGAAGUGCCGAAGCAGGUAGACGAGCCUGGCCCUCAGCGGGAGAAGGCGAAACUGAGGGAUCAACUCUUCGAGGUGUAUGGUGCAGGAGGGGAAGCCUUGGCGGGCGAGGGCGAGGUUCUUCGACUGACCUCGGCGGCAGCCUCCGAGGCCGGCGGGGAGAAUGAGAACCGUGCUGGGCUGAGAGCCCUGAUCGAGAGCACGUUCAUACAGAACGGGACCACCUUCUACCGCAUCAGGCUCUUCGGCUCCGCGGGCCCCGUGACGUACACGAAGAGGUACAGCGACUUCAGGGCCUUCGACGAGACUCUCCGGGAGAGGAGCCCGGCUCUCCACUCGGCCAUGCCCCAGCUCCCGGAGCCAGGCGUCUUCGGCCUGCGGCACAAGUUGGGCGCGAGCGGCUUCGAGCAGCGGCGCAGGGACGGCCUGCAGGCCUACCUCGACGCGGCGGCGGCCUGGCUGGACGAGGCAACCCUUCGGGGUUUCCUCGAGCUGCGGCGCGGCGGGCCGCGCGCGGGGCCGACGCGGGCGCCGGAGCCCGCAGGAGCCGUGCUUUGGGCGGCCUGA